ACCUCUAGGAAAAGAAUGAAGAGGAAAAAAAGCAUUUUAAUCGGCCAUGCCACUGGCAUGGAAGCAAUUCUGCCGCUCUUUCAGCCUGCAUGAAGGUUGAUGGAGAUGGAGCUAAUUUCUAAAUGGGAAGGAGAAUUUCAGGUCCGAUUAUUUCUGACCGGAGCAUGCCUGGAUGCUCCCCGCACUAAUUAUCUGGGUCCCGUCAGGAAUGCAGCAGGCUGGCAGCGCGUUUCCCUAGUUAAGACCAGGGAAGGACUCCGCGAUGCUCAGUGGAUAAAAGGCUUGUAAUCCCAGCUGGGGAAAGAGUUCCAUUAUCUCCCAGCUGCAUAGACAUUCCAGACGGCUUGGUUCUGCCUGGAUGAACAGCAAGGCUUGCUGAGAGCUGGGAACAGAGUUCUGCAGAGAAUUGUAAAGAUCCUGAGACAUUUCCCCUGUUCAGAUCUGGAAGAAAUUUGAAGUCAUAUAUUAUCAUUGCUGAUUUGAUGGGAGAAAUAUUUGACUUUGAAAAGUGGAGAUGAGGUUGCUAAGGAAACUGAUAAUUCUGCUGCCACUCAUAAGUUGUUAUGCAGACAGUGGAAUUCUUCGAGGUCCUAAUUUUACCCAAGAGCCACAAGACUUGAUAUAUUCUUUGGGUGUUGAGGAUUCUGAAAUCAUCUUGAAUUGUGCAGCCAAUGGUUAUCCAGUUCCAGAUUACAGGUGGAAGCAAAAUGGCACAGAUAUUGAUUUUACCAUGAGUUAUCACCACCGGUUGGUCGGAGGCAGCUUGAUCAUCAGUAAUCCCCACAUAGCUGAGGCCAUUGGCAUAUACCAGUGCUUAGCCACCAAUCCAUUGGGAACCAUUGUCAGCCGCAAGGCAAAGCUCCAGUUUGCAUAUAUUGAAAACUUUGAAACCAAAACAAGAAGUACCGUGUCAGUCCUAGCAGGUCAAGGUGUGGUUCUCUUCUGUGGCCCACCACCAUACUCUGGAGAUGUAUUUUAUGCUUGGACCUACAAUGACAAUCCCUUUCCUGUUCAGGAAGCUAGCCGGAGGUUUAUCUCUCAAGCUACAGGAAAUCUAUAUAUUGCAAAAGUGGAGCCAUCAGAUGUAGGAAAUUACACUUGCAUUGUAACAAACAUGGAAGCCCAAAAACGUGUCCAAGGGCCACCUACUCCUUUAGUCCUGCGCAGUGAUGGUGUGAUGGGGGAAUAUGAACCAAAGAUUGAAGUACGUUUUCCUGAAAUCAUGCACGCAGCGAAAGGUUCAACAAUAAAACUGGAAUGUUUUGCUCUUGGAAAUCCAGUACCUGAUAUUAGUUGGAGGAAGUUGGAUGGAAGUCCUUUGGCAAGGAAAAUCCAAUAUAGCAAGUCCAAAGGAAUGAUUGCCAUCCCUAACUUUCAAGAGGAGGAUGAAGGCUCUUAUGAGUGCAUUGCUGGAAACCUGAGAGGAAGGAAUAUUGCAAGAGGUCAAUUGUUUUUCUAUGCACUUCCAGAAUGGGAUAAAAAAAUACAAAAUACAGAUCUGUCUCUAUAUGAUUCUUUACUUUGGGAGUGUAGAGCCAGUGGAAGUCCAAUUCCUUCUUACACAUGGUUAAAAAAUGGUGAACCUAUUGUGCCAGAGGAUAGAAUUCAUAUAGAAAAUGGAUCACUCAUGAUAACUGUACUGAAUUUGUCAGACUCAGGUUUUUACCAAUGUGUUGCAGAAAACAAAUAUCAGACCAUUUAUACUAAUGCUGAAUUGAGAGUAAGAGCCUCAGCUCCUGAUUUCUCCAAAAAUCCCUUGCAAAAAAUCUCCAUUGUUCAAGUUGGUGGAAAUGUUACAAUUGAAUGUAAACCAAUGGCUUCUCCCAGAGCUAUGGUUUCUUGGAAAAAAGGCACAGAGAUCAUCAGACAAAGCAAAAGAUUCUUUAUCUUAGACGAUGGCAGUCUCAACAUAUAUAAUGUUUCCAAGUUGGAUGCAGGAACAUAUACUUGCAUUGCCAAAAACCAGUUUGGCAUUGCCAAGGCUUCAGGCAACCUGGUCAUAAAAGAGAGGACAAUAAUUACUGUUCCACCACCUCAAAUGGAUGUUACUGUUGGUGAGAGUAUAGUACUUCCUUGUCAAGUGUUCCAUGAUCCUUCUGUUGAGGUUGUAUUCACAUGGUCUUUUAAUGGACAAGUUAUUGACUUCCAAAGAGGAGUGGCUCAUUUUGAAAGGAUUGGAGGAGAAUCUGUUGGGGAUUUGAUGAUAAGAGAGAUUCAAUUGAAUCACUCUGGAAAAUAUGUAUGCAUGGUACAAACAAUUCUAGACAGCCUAUCUGCUGUGGCAGAUAUCAUUGUUAGAGGUCCCCCAGGUCCACCAAAUAAUUUGAGAAUAGAGAACAUUUCAAGUACCACUUCUCAACUAUGCUGGGGACCAGGCGUUGAUAAUAAUAGUCCUAUUCAAAUCUAUACUAUUCAGACCCGGACACCUUUUUCUGUAGGCUGGCUUGCUGUUUCCACAAUUCCAGAAAUUCUUAGUGGGAAGAUGCACACUGCAACGGUGGUGGGUUUGAACCCAUGGGUGGAAUAUGAAUUCCGUGUGGUUGCUGGAAAUAGCAUUGGAAUUGGGGAACCAAGUAAGCCAUCCAAAUUGUUAAGAACCAAAGCAGCAGUCCCUAUAGUGGCACCAACAAACAUCAGUGGAGGUGGAGGAAGUCGAUCUGAACUCGUCAUUACUUGGGAGUCAAUCCCAGAAGAACUUCAGAAUGGAGAAGGAUUUGGAUACAUCAUCAUGUUUCGGCCAGUUGGCUCACUUAUGUGGACUAAAGCAUCAGUGGCUUCUGUGGAAACCUCAAAGUAUGUAUACAGGAAUGAAAGUCUUACACCUCUCUCCCCAUUUGAAGUAAAAGUGGGUGUAUAUAAUAAUGAAGGUGAAGGGACACUGAGUCCAGCAACGAUUGUCUACACAGGUGAAGAUGAGCCCCAACUGGCCCCAACUGGAGCUUCUGUACAGAGUUAUUCAUCCUCUGAAGUGGACAUUACCUGGAAUGCCAUUGCUUGGAACAGAAGCACAGGACGGGUCCUAGGUUAUGAGGUCUUAUACUGGACAGAGGACUCAAAGGAAACCAGUGCUGGUAAAAUCAGGGUCAGAGGAAAUGUAACAACAAAAAUCAUCACUGGGCUAAAAGCUAAUACAAUAUACUUUGCAACAGUGAGAGCCUAUAAUACUGCAGGAUCUGGGCCUUCAAGUGCUCCAGUCAAUAUCACUACUAAAAAAUCUCCUCCAAGCCAAGCACCAUCCAACAUAGCCUGGAAGCUGACAAACUCAAAAUUAUGUCUGAAUUGGGAACAUGUAAAAACCAUGGAAAAUGAGUCUGAUGUGUUGGGCUACAAAAUUUUAUACAGACAAGAUAGACAAAGUAAAACACACAUUUUGGAAACAAAUAACACAUCUGCUGAGCUUCUUGUUCCCUUUGAAGAAGAUUACAUAAUUGAAAUAAGAACAGUCAGUGAUGGUGGAGAUGGUAGCAGCAGUGAAAAAAUUAGGAUCCCUAAAAUGUCAAGCUUAAGUUCUGGAGGAAUGAAUGUUGCAGAACCUAGAGUCAAUUUCCUGUCAGCUGUCAUUGUGAUUGUGGAUUGUUUUACAGCUAUGUCACUUCAGUGAUAAAUGAAACCAUGAACCAUCUUGGACUUCUGAAAGCAGGUUGUUCCAUAUAUACAAUCGGCUACACUUCAGCUGUCACAGUAAACAUUUUUGAUAAAGACUUCCUUGGAAUGAAAUGAACUGGACGUUGUUCAUACCGUGUAAAUAUCUCUGAGGCACUGAUAUAGUGAUUUCAAGCAAUUUUGAAUGAGGAAAGACCUAAGUGAAUGCCGGCUUUUUAAUGGUGCUGAAAAUGUGGUGUGGAAUUAUAACUAUCUUACUUUAAAAUUAGUCAUUGAGAGUGCUUAGAAAGGUCCACAAAUAGUUCGGGCCUAUCCUAAUUGGGAUGGUGGUCCCAAAUAAAUAUGAAAUAGGCUUGCUUGUAAAAACAAUAACUGAGAUGUGGAUUUUUCUUUUCCCCACAGCUUUUACUUCAAUAUGAAAUUCUUACUGUGCUUCAAAAGGAAAUAAAGGUUAUUUGUUUAUGA